AUGCUAACCCAUCAUAAGGAAAACUCCCCAUUGCGAUCUAGACCUGUCUCAAGAGCGACCUCUUCAACACGGUUGAAUCAAUUAUCUCAGGAAUCAAGGAUCUCUCCAAACAGUAACUCGAGACCCAGUACACCAUCUGCAUACAUUCCAUCAUCUUUAAACCCUUCAAAAUACAAUUCAAGUCAUCAAGACAGCGCCGACGACAACAUACGAUCGAGUGAAGAGCUUGACGCAUUUAACGCAAUUCCUAUUGUGCAAAAAAUUUCCCAUUUUCGAACAGCUUUAGACACAUUAAGCAAUGGCAUUUCACAUUAUAAGGAGGAUGAGUUUUAUUCCAAUAUCGAGAGAAUAGUUGAAACUAAUUCGAGUCUUGAAAAGGAAGUGCACGAGUUGAGUAAACACAAAGAGCGUAGUCGAGAGAUUGCCAAUCUUUCAGACACCAACAAAAAGCUUGAAAAUAAAUUGAAAGAUAACUUGAGAGCAUUAGUUGGGUUACGCGCCGAGUUGAAGAAAUUGCCUAGUGUUCAUCGAGAACACGCAAAUUUGGAGGGCAUAGAAUCGCCAGUAGAUGUGGAGAGCAUAUUGAACUAUUCCAUGAAACUAGCGAAGUUCACCAAAGCUCCAGCUGCCGUGGGGAAUGUGCCAUUCCAAAUACAUCCUAACAACUAUAUAUGGCCGGCAGAAGAUUCAUUGAGGCGUGGUAUGUUGGCAAUGAGCUCAUUGCAUGCGGAUGAGAUAGUUAAUGCCGAACUACUGGAGGGACAUCACAAGAAAACGGAUGACAUGGAAGAAGAGAUAGUUGAACCUGAAUCCAAUGAGAAAAGUGAAGGCGAUUCGCGUGAGAAAAGGCAACUGAAACCCCAGCAAACUCGAAGAGUAAGUGACGCAGAAGAAGAGCAAGUUGGUCUCGACUUGGACUUGUUUGAUCCUAAUGACGAAUACUCUGACUGA